AUGAAAAUUCUGCUUAUAGCUUGCCUCAAUCCUCAAACUGGAAAUAACACAACAGCUGAGCGAAUAAGGAAUCACAUUGAAAGUGCAGGACACAUAUGUGAGCUCAGCGAUGCAGCAGAGUUCCAAUCUUCUACUGAGGUGGCACAGCUACUGUCCCAGGAUCCUCUUUUUGAAGGUGCGCUGGCGAUCCAUCUAUUCAAAGCUGGGAGACUGCUCUUAGAUAUCCCAGUACCUUUCGGAGUUAUCUUUGGAGGAACUGACAUAAAUGAAGACAUCAAGGUUGAACAGAAGCGUUUUUUAAUGGAACAGGUGCUGCAGAAGGCCAGGUUUGCUGUUGCCUUCACUGAUAAAAUGAGAGAAACCGCAGAAUUGUUCUUGUUUUCCCAGAGGUGUAAAGUUUAUGUUCAACCCCAAGGCAUACAGACUGCAGUUGCACAAAAAUUCAGCUGGACAGAGUUCUUAAGAUGCACAGAUGUUAGUGCGGUACGUGCGGGUGAACUUCGAGUCUUCCUCUUGAUCUGUGGUUUGAGAAAAGUCAAGGAUCCUCUCUACGUGGCCCAGGUCUUCUCAGAGUGGCAUGGGCAGAAUCCUCUGAAUGUCCUAAUUAUCAUCGGGCCAAAGAUUGAUCCUGUUUUUAGCAUUGAAGUUGAGUCCGCAAUUGAAAAAACAGCAGGAGUAUACAUGACCCAGGAGAGGAGCCAGCGGGAGCUGCACGCUGCCAUGAAGAAGUGUUUUGCUGUGGUUAACAGCUCGGUCUCAGAGGGCAUGUCUGCGGCCAUCUUAGAGGCUAUGCACCUAGGAGUACCUGUGGUGGCUCGAGACAUACCUGGAAAUGCGGCGAUAGUGAAGCAUGGGAUCACUGGACUGCUCUACUCAUCUCCUCAGGAUUUUGUGGAUCAAUCUCAGAGGCUGUUGUCGGAUCAUGAGCUGAGAGAGAGACUGGUGAGGAACGGAAAAGUCUACGUGGAAGAGCACCACAGCCUGAAACAGGAGCAGGAGACCUACCAGAGAUUAGUGGCUACUUUACACUGA